CUGUAGUUGCAACAUCGUAUCAAAAAGCCCGUGUCUUCACCGCAGUAGGAUACGCAGCGAGUGGACGGUGUUCAACAAUUCUUCUCUCAAUGGUUUAGAAGUCUACAUGGGAGCAUAAUCUUGGAUUGGAAUAUAGGCUACGUGCGGACGUCAUGCUGAAUACAGAAAUGCGCUGCUUAAACUGAAAAAGCCGGCUGGACGUUGAACUGUGUGCUGCAUGAGGGACGCCAGUCUCCAGAUGGAGUCCAGGGUUCCCCAGCACAUCCCAGGGGUGUCUCCCUCCCUCAUCUCCCAGCCUCUGCUGGACAGCAUGGUGCCUUACGGACGCCUCCAGCACACCAUCUUCCCCAUCGACCAGAUGAAAUCGUCCCACGUGGAGAACGACUACAUCGACAGCCCUGCCGUCGUGUCCCAGCAGCCGACCAGCCAGAAGGCCUCCCAGCGGGCGCUGCCCCAGCACCACCCCCAGGAGAGCCUGCUGGGCGCCCCGCACCCCCACCACCCCCACCACCACCUGGGGCGCUGCGAGCCUCACCCUCACCACGACGCCACCACCCACCCCUGGAUCUCCUUCAGCGGGAGGCCCAGUUCCAUCAGCAGUAGCGGCAGCACCUCGUCGGACCAGAGACUUCUGGACCACGCCGCCCCCAACCCCGUCGUGGACCUCCACCCAGCCACCAUCAACACCCGGGCCCCCGGCUCGGAGCCCAAGGUCCUCACCUCCUCCUCCUCCACCUCCUCCACCUCCUCCACCUCCUCCUCCAAGGCCCUGGACCUAAAGGCUGCGGCAGUGGGCCAGCCAGAGGGCACGGCGAUCCCCACCUCCCCGGCGGAGAAGAGGCACCGCCUGCUGUGCGAGAGGUGCGGGAAGUGCAGGUGCACGGAAUGCACCUUGCCCAGGGCGCUGCCGUCCUGCUGGGUGUGCAACCAGGAGUGCCUGUGCUCGGUGCAGAGCCUGGUGGACUCGGCCACCUGCAUGUGCCUGGUGAAGGGCGUCUUCUACCACUGCACGGAGGACGAGGACGACGAGGGCUCCUGCGCCGACAGACCCUGCUCUUGUUCCCAGUCCAACUGCUGCGCCCGCUGGUCCUGCAUGGCCGCCGCCUCCCUGGUCCUGCCCUGCCUUGUCUGCUACCUGCCCGCCAUGGGCGUGGCCAAGCUGUCGCAGAGGUGCUACGACAGCGCCAGGCGGCCGGGCUGCCGUUGCAAGGCGCCCCAGCAGGCGUGCAAGAGCGGGGAGGCGGGCGCGGAGAAACAGCAGCAGGCCUCAUGAUACGUGAAGGUGUGCGGCCUUAGCUCCGAGCUUGUUCUGGAGAGGACGAUCCCUCCCGCCUUAUAGCCACCCACCCACCUACCCACAGACCCUGCUCUUCCUCCGGGACUUCUCUGAUACUAUGGUACUUGCAUCCGGGAUCCGACUCUGUACCCGGGUGUGGUUGUCGUCGACGAGACGGCACCAGCCGGAGUGGGCCAGGUGGAUGGAUGGUGGUGGAGGUUGCCAGCCCCCCCCCCUGACCUUCCCCCCCCCCCCCCCCCAAUCCCCUAUUUUCUCCUCCAAUAGAAGCCCAUCCUUUAGGUGGGAACUGAAUGGUGGACUACUGUUGUGUUUCUGAACGGGCUGAAUGCGUAGGUCACCGUCCCUCUCUCAAUGCUCAGUAUGUGCCCCAUCGCUUCAGUCCUGACGGGGCGAAGGGCGAACCGUCGAAGAGAACCGCUCUGGUCCAAAGCAACACUCCCCUCCUCCCCCGCCCCCCUCCUCAAAAAGUCCCAAACUGUCAGUACCCAGAGUAGUUUAGGACGUCGGUCACAUCGAAUGAUCAGUCAUAUUCCGCCCCGGUGUAUGGCUUUAAGAACCCACACGUCUUCCUCUUGUUGGCUUGAUGUUUUAAGAGCGUUUUAAGGUGACAAGUAGAGAGGCAACAUUGUGUGGCUUUGGCAACACUCCAUGUCCGUUUUUUUUAUAUAUAUAUAAGUAUAUACAUAUUCUCACAUGUUCUCUAGUCGGCAAUGGCAGGUUAUAGAUUCCAUGUGGGAGAUAAUCACAUUCAACGUCCCUAUAUUGGGACUAAACAUGCUAAAGAUGCUAACGCCAUUAAGCUAGCUUUCACGAGAUCACCUCAGAGAAUGCAUGUGUGUUCAUGCUCUGCAUGGUCUAGUGUAAUGGUUAACCCCAGUGCUAGAUGUUGAUGUCGUAGAGAAACUGAAAAAAAAGGAAGAAAAAAAAUGAAAAACACAACCUUCUCAGGGAUUGCAGGAGCUCUUCGUGAGUAUAA